AUGUCUGGAAACUUUGUUUUUCCAAAACUUGGAGAAUUCUCAAAGGAAAAUGGUUUCAGACUACUACAAAUGUUGUCUGAAGAAGAAGAGUUGGAACUCAACAGACAGCUCAAACAACUCAACAAACCUGCAAUCAAGAGUUUUAAGAAUGAAUUUGGUGAUACCAUAGAUUGUGUUGACAUCUACAAGCAACCUUCACUUGAUCAUCCUCUGCUCAAGAACCAUACAAUCCAGAUGAAACCGACGAUGAUCCCAAAAGGGCUGAUAAGCGAUACAUCGAAAGUCGAGAUGCUACUGCGGCAUCUUCCAAACAUUAACAACUGCCCACCAGGAUCAGUGCCAAUCAGAAGGACUACAAAGGAAGAUCUUAUAGCAGCUAAAAGUUUCAAGCCAUUGUGGUCUCAUCAGGCAGCGGAUAGUUCCCGGCCGAGCACUACGAUCGACGCCAAUGGCUAUCAUCUUGCAACACUCAACUACAAGACCAGAGUUUAUGGAGCAAAAUCACAAAUCAAUGUGUGGAACCCAAUUCCAUCAAUGGAUCAAUUUAGUUCUGCCAGUAUAUGGCUUUCUCGAGGCUGUAGAGAUCAACAGAAUACCAUACAAAAUCCAUUCAUCAUUCUCUUACUUUGCUUUCAGGUUCAACCAAAAGUGUUUGGGAACGUUACCAGAUUAACUACCUACUGGACAGCAAAUGGUUACCAGAGCACUGGAUGCUACAACCAACUCUGUCCCGGGUUCGUACAAGUCAACUCCGGGAUCAUGCCCGGCCUCCCUCUAAGCCCAAUCUCCACCUACAAUGGACCCCAAUACGAUAUUCACAUCAGCAUGCAUCAGGAUACGCACACGGGGAAUUGGAUGUUGAUGUUUGGGGACAAGUACAUAGGGUACUGGCCAAAGGCAGUGGUGCCAGGGUUGGCAGAUGGGGCAGCAGUUGCAGCAUGGGGAGGGGAAGUUUACAGUCCUACAUCAGAGGCAGGGCCAGCCAUGGGAAGUGGCCAUUUCCCUGAAGAGGGCUUCAAAAAAAGUGCUUUUGUGAACCAGAUUCAGGUGGUGAAGUAUACAAGUUCAAGUGGUUUUGUUGAUCCAGAUGAUUCAGAGCUGAGUGUUGUUCUGGACAGACCUAUCUGUUUUGGGCUCAUUAAUAAGUUCACUGUGGAUGGGAAUUGGGGGCGCCAUAUCUUCUUUGGAGGGCCAAGUGGGUGUAAGUGA